GGUAGGAUUCCGUGAGUGUGUUCGGACGGGGAACGGAGAUUGGUGGACUGAUCAUCCUACGGGCCAAAAAGCGGCUGUAGCCCCGUGGUAAAACGACACCGCGGACGGGGGACCGGCUCCGAGCCCCGCCCGUCUCACCACUGGAAUCUAGACUGAGUUCAACGACACAACACACGGCUGCAAAAGUGGACCCGGAUCUGGACGUCUGCCCGCCGCGCCGCCCCAUCAACCCACAUCCCCUCCAGGUUUUCUCGAUCGAUACCUCCCAUCCGGUACCGACACCACGAGCCCCCAGGGCCGGGGUCCUCCCAUCUUCUCCACUGCGCAUGCCCGACUCGACUGACCCCGCCCUGAUGGGUGGGGCUGCUGAUGAAAGUCUGACGUCUAAGACAAGAAGCGGAAGAGCAUACCACCAUGAGGGAGGCCCGGCGGGGCCUUCGACCUCACAGAUGCCCAUGGUGGAAGUCAGCGGGCCGGACGGGCCCAUCUUGGUGUUCAGACCAUGGACAUUUGCUGACCUAAAGGAGAACGCUGCUUUUCUGCCUAAUCCAGUAGAUGACGGUGCGAAGUUCGCCACUGAGCUGCGGACGUUCUGCCAAGAACACAGGCCCACCGGGGUCGAGCUCAGGCGUCUUCUAGGGGGUAAGAUGGGCCCUAGUGACUUGGCGAAGAUCCGGGACAAGAUCCCCAGGGACGACCUGAGGGUUCAACAGACUGAGUGGGCACAUGCCGAGAACGCUGUCUAUAGGGAGGCGGUAGAAAAGCUGUGUACCGCACUGACAGAGGUUUUUCCCUCCCGGGGCUCACUGACGGCCUUGAGAGCCCUGAAACAGCGGCCUGAUGAGGCAGUGGAAGACUUUGUGUGCAGGGCCGAAGAGGAGUUCACCAAAAACUCCGGCUUGGCCCGCCCUUCCCCCUUGGGAGACAGCGCAGGCCCAUGGGAGAAACUGCUUUGCCAGACCAUGAUGGACGGCUUUCUGAAAGACAUUGGGACUGUCAUUCGCUCCCACUACGUGGGCAUGGCGCAAGUUUGUCGUCUGGAAGAGCUGGUGCGACACGCACAUCAUGCCCAGGAUGUCGUCAGGCAGAGACAGAAAGACAGAGAUGACAAACAAGCUAAAUCUCUUUCCUCUGCUUUGACUCUGCUUGCCAUGCCGCGUAACAAUGGAGAGCGGCGUGGAGGGGGGAAGGGACCGGAAACCAGCCGUGCGCCGCCUGUUGCCGGAGGAAGGGGUGGUCCACCGUCACGUGAGGGGGCGUGUCACCUCUGUGGCCGGCAAGGACAUUGGAAGCGGGACUGCCCACAGAGGAAGAGGAGGAGACAGCCACGAAGAGGGAACAGGGGCGGGGAUUGACUCGCGGCCUUGAGGGGCGGACCUCCAGACUCGGAUUCCACGCCCACUGCUGGGUCUGCAGCUCUGCCUCAGGGAGGAGGAGGUGACACACACACACAUGCAAUGAUAGCAGACACACACACACACACAUACGCUCAGCUAACUACUGACUCCUUUAAGAAACUCCCAGUGCUUGAGUUUACUGUUAAUGGUGUCAAUUUGUCAUUUUUAGUAGAUAGUGGGGCUACAUAUUCUGUUAUCAGGCAUGCAGAUUUAACACCUACACCACAGUUGAGUGGAAAAACUAUUGUUUCUGUGUCGGCUGGGGGUAAACAGGACAGAGAGUGCUUUACUGUUCCGUUGACAUGUGUUUCACAGGAAUGUUCAUUCCAACAUUCGUUUUUACUCUCACCCAUCUGUCCCAUUAAUUUGUGCGGCCGGGAUUUGAUGUGUAAAUUGGGGGUAAAACUUGAAUCGGGUCCAGAGGGGUUAAUGAUAACUCAGGGAAACACUGUCGCGGGCACAGGCCUCCACUCGCAUUCUGUGUAUGCACACACAAUGCUUAGGUAUGCGGCUGGGGCUCCAGACUAUGCAUACCAGUGGAGGGUCUGUUCUCCCCAAAUUAC